AUGCUAUGGGAGUUACGGUAUGUGCAUCCUGACUAUCACAAACUGCUCGAAGAAGAAGUCGAAGUGAAGCAAGCAUGCCCAGAUGUGUACGACUAUCCACUUGUAUCGGAAAGAUUCUGCAAAGAAAUCAUUGAAGAAAUGGAGCAUUUCGGUAAAUGGAGCGACGGAAGUAACAAGGAUGAACGGAUAGCUGGUGGAUAUGAAAACGUCCCAACGAGAGAUAUUCAUAUGAAUCAGAUUGGAUUCGAACGUCAUUGGUUGUUCUUCAUGGAUGAGUACGUGAGACCAAUGCAAGAGAAAGUGUUCAUCGGCUAUUAUCAUAAGCCCAUUGAAUCGAAUAUGAUGUUUGUGGUACGAUAUCGACCAGAUGAGCAGUCUUCCCUACGACCUCAUCACGACGCCAGCACGUUUAGGUAUGCCCUAACUUCUGUUGAAUUGACAUUUUUGGACAUGAUAUCACCAGAAGGGUCAUACACAUUCAUUUUUCUCCUUAUAAACGCUUAA